UGCCGGGCCCCGCAGCGGGGCGUGUCGAGGAAGCCACGCCCCCCGGCCCCGCUAGAACCUCCCGGGCCCGGCGGCCCUUGUUCGGCCGAGUGCAGCCUCUCCCUCCCGCGCGGUGGUCGGCUUGUGCCCGCUCGCGACAAUGGCGACGGCGGAGGUAAUGAACAUUGGUAAAAAACUGUAUGAAGGUAAAACAAAAGAAGUCUAUGAAUUGUUAAAUAAUCCAGGAAAAGUCCUUCUGCAGUCUAAGGACCAGAUUACAGCAGGAAAUGCAGCUAGAAAGAAUCACCUGGAAGGAAAAGCUGCAAUCUCCAACAAAAUUACCAGCUGCGUUUUUCAGUUGUUACAGGAAGCAGGUAUCAAAACUGCUUUCACCCAGAAAUAUGGAGAGACUGCUUUCAUUGCACCCCAGUGUGAAAUGAUUCCAAUUGAGUGGGUUUGCCGAAGAAUAGCAACUGGUUCUUUUCUCAAAAGAAAUCCUGGUGUCAAGGAAGGAUAUAAGUUUUACCCACCUAAAGUGGAGAUGUUUUUUAAGGAUGAUGCCAAUAAUGACCCACAGUGGUCUGAGGAACAACUCAUUGCUGCAAAAUUUUGCUUUGCUGGACUUGUCAUAGGCCAGACAGAAGUGGACAUCAUGAGCCAUGCUACACAAGCGAUUUUUGAAAUCCUGGAGAGAUCCUGGCAGCCCCAGAACUGUACAUUGGUUGACAUGAAGAUUGAAUUUGGUGUUGAUGUCACCACCAAAGAGAUUGUUCUUGCCGAUGUUAUUGAUAACGACUCCUGGAGACUCUGGCCAUCAGGAGAUCGGAGCCAGCAGAAAGACAAGCAGUCUUAUCGUGACCUCAAAGAAGUCACUCCUGAAGGGCUCCAGAUGGUAAAGAAAAACUUUGAGUGGGUUGCAGACAGAGUAGAGCUGCUUCUAAAAUCAGAAAGUCAGUGCAGGGUUGUCGUGCUGAUGGGCUCAACUUCUGAUCUCAGUCACUGUGAGAAAAUCAAGAAGGCUUGUGGAAGCUUUGGGAUUCCGUGUGAACUUCGGGUGACAUCUGCCCACAAAGGACCAGAUGAAACUCUAAGGAUUAAAGCAGAAUAUGAGGGUGAUGGCAUUCCUACGGUAUUUGUGGCAGUAGCAGGCAGAAGCAAUGGCUUGGGUCCAGUGAUGUCUGGUAACACUGCAUACCCAGUUAUUAGCUGUCCUCCUCUCACACCAGACUGGGGAGCUCAGGACGUGUGGUCAUCUCUUCGCCUGCCCAGUGGUCUCAGCUGUUCAACCAUACUUUCUCCAGAGGGAUCUGCUCAGUUCGCUGCUCAGAUAUUUGGAUUAAACAACCAUUUAGUCUGGGCCAAACUUCGAGCAAGCAUAUUGAACACAUGGAUUUCUUUGAAGCAGGCUGACAAGAAAUUCAGAGGAUGUAAUUAAAAGAAUGUCAUUUUGAUUUUUUUUUUUUUUAGAACUACAGAUUUUUAGUUUAGCUAGGAAAAAAUCAGAGCAAAUCAAUAAAUUUCACUAGUGAGCAAAUGCUUCUCUAGACUCAUGAAUACUAGUAUUUGUUAAUAUUCCUUAAAAUUAUGGAAGUUGUCAAUAAAAGCAAAAGAAAAAAGGCAGGUGUGGUAACACACUCCUUGAAUCUCAGCACUUGGGAGUCAGAGGUAGGAGGAUCACUGAGUUUGAAGCCAGCCUGGAACUGUAGAGUGAAUUCCAGGUCAGCUAGCUAUGCUAGUGUGAGACCCUACCCCCAGCGAAACAACAAAUCUUUAUAGAUCAUACAACUGUUUUAACACUUUUACAUUAGUCUCUUUCCCCAAUGUGUGGUCAAUGUUAGGUAGGUAACAUGAGCAAAGAAAUGUAUUUUAUUUUAUAAAUGGUAAUAAUGACUUAAAAGUUACUAGACUUCUUUAUCUUGUUUGAGAACAUUAAAAUGCUUAUGUUGUACAUGGAAAGAGCAAAUAAAAGUUCUUUAUGGUCUCUAAA